AUGGUGGUUAUUCGAGGGUUUUCGACAAUGAGAAGGAACCAACAUAAUUUCAUCACUCACUCAUCAUCAUAUUAUCCCACCAACACAACCAAAGUAGACGAGUAUUUCACCACACACUCACUACCCACCCCUUCAUUCAACGCAAGCGCCGGCGUGCCCCGGGAAUCACCAAUCCCCGCUUCCGAGCCUGCCAUCCAAGCCGCUCGUCAGAGCGUCAUACAGGAUACCCUCGAACUCCACCAACUCAUGCUAGGUCCACGGGAACACAUAUUCAGCUACUCCCCGACUCAUCUCGUGAGUCAAUUAGCAAUCGCUCGAUUCGGACUGGCACGCAUAGUACCAAUCGACGGCGAGGCUACCUUCGCCGAGAUCGCUAAAGUUACCGGUUUGGGCGAAACCCAUGUGCGCAAGUUAAUCCGUCAUGCUAUAUCGCAACAUGUAUUCCAGGAACCACGGCCAGGCGUAGUUACGCACAGCGCGGCAUCGCGUUUACUCGCUGAAGACGCUGAUCUAGCGGCGUGGGCGCGCUGGUGUGCUGAUGAUUGCUGGUUAGCUGCGUAUUAUACAUGUGAGGCCAUGGCUCGCUGGCCUGGGUCCGAGGAGCCUAAUGAAACCGGUUUCGCUGUUGCCAAUCAGACGGAUCUUCCUAUGUUUGACUUUCUAGCUACCCAGCCGGAGCGUGGGGCGCGUUUCGCUGCGGGUAUGCGAUUGUACGCUGCGCGACCGGAUCUUAAUGUGCAGUAUCUCGUUGACGCCUGGUCUUCGUCCUGGGGCAGUUUACCGAAAGGGGCUACGGUGGUCGACGUUGGCGGAUCUCAUGGGGAAGCAGCCAUCGCGCUGGCUCGCGCGUAUCCCUCGUUAAAUCUGGUCGUGCAAGAUAUUGACGCGCCUACGAUACGAGAUGCGUAUGCCCGGAAGCCGGCUAAUAUCAGCGAACGGGUGCGGUAUAUGACACAUGAUUUCUUCACCGAGCAGCCUAUUCACGGAGCCGAUGUCUACCUAUAUCGAGCGUGUUUCCACAAUUGGUCCGAUAAAUACGCCAUACGCAUGCUGCAAGCGCUAAUCCCAGCGCUAAAACCGGGGGCGCGCGUGGUGCUCAACGAUGUUAUAGUACCGAGCCCAAAGAAUAUGCCUCCGGGCUCGGCACUAGGGGUGCGGUCCGGCGAUCUUAGCAUGACAAUGCUGUUUAACGCAGGAGACCGUGAGAUGGCCGAUUGGGCACGCCUGUUCGAAGCUGCUAGCUCAGGGUUCCACUUCGACGACGGAAAACAACCGCCCGGUUCGGGGUUGUGGGUGUUGGUGGCUACGUGGAACGGAGUCUAG